AUGUGCUUAGAGGCACCUGCUGGAACUGCAGAUUUGGCUUCAACUUCUCCAUCUCAGUCUGAGCCGGAAGUUGAUUUAUCUGACAUUGAUUUUUCUAUCUUGGGUGAAGACUUCUCAUUCUCGGAGCUACUAGUUGAUUUUGAUCUUGGUUUUAAGGGAAGUACCCCAAAUGCACCUACUGAAACUGUUUCAGGGUCGUCUCCUGAAUCAGGGAAUGGGGAUAUAGAGCAUGACCAAGCCAUGUCGGAAUAUACAGCAGACGGAUUGAAAUGA